GAUAUUUGUAUAUAUGUAGUUAGUAGCCAAACUAUUUUUCGGCUUACUCGCAUUCGCAUUAAUACUUUCGCGAAGGUGUAAAGUAUAUCUGUAAUUGCAUAUUGCUCUUACAUUUUACGAUUUUGUGAUAUUAAUAUAUAAGAAUAACUUAAUUUAUUCGCAUUUUAACAAUGUUUGCAGUAAGACGUAUCCUAUUUUCCAAUACAGUUAAAGAUAUAUUUGUAAGAACAAAACAUACACUUCCUGAUUUACCAUAUGACUACAAAGCUUUGGAACCUAUUAUUUCUGCCGAAAUUAUGCAACUUCAUCAUUCAAAGCACCAUGCGACUUAUGUGAAUAAUUUAAAUGUUGCUGAAGAAAAAAUGAAAGAAGCUGUUGCUAAAGGUGAUGUCAAUACACAAGUUGCAUUGAGUCCUGCUAUUAAAUUCAAUGGUGGUGGUCAUUUGAAUCAUUCAAUUUUUUGGUGCAAUCUUUCCCCAAAUGGUGGUAAACCAGAUGCUGCACUCCUUAAUCAAAUUAAAAAAGAUUUUGGUAGCCUAGAAGAAAUGAAAAAACAGUUAUCUGAAAAUACCGUUGCCAUUCAAGGUUCUGGUUGGGGUUGGCUUGGAUAUUGUCAAAAAUCAAAAUCUUUAAGGAUAGCUACUUGUGCUAAUCAAGAUCCUUUGCAAGCUACAACUGGUUUAAUACCACUUUUUGGUAUUGAUGUUUGGGAACAUGCAUAUUAUUUACAAUAUAAAAAUGUUCGACCCGAUUACGUAAAAGCUAUCUUUGAUGUCGUGAAUUGGAAUGAUGUGAAUUCUCGUUAUAAGAAAGCUAUUGGAUCUUAGAGAAUGAAUAUUAUAGCAUCAAAAGUGAUUUUUAUCUAGUAUGUGAAUGUUUUUGAAAAAUUAAUUCCAUAUUUUCUAUGUUUGCAUUUGUCUUAAAAAGACAUUUGUGAUUUUGUACAUGUAUUGUUUAUAUUAUACACAUAUGUAAUUAUAAAUAGUAAUAAAAUAUGCUAAAAUAUUUUUUAUUGUUGUUUUAAAAUAGAAUAAAAA